GGGGCUGGCAAAGGAGCGGCCGGUGGUGUGGGGACUCCCUGGUGACCUGGGGGCCACCGUCCUGCCCCAUGUCUUUGCAGAGCUUGUCGGGAAGAGUGAAGCACCUGAAGGAGCGGAUGUCUAAGGCCCAGAGAAGGCGGAGCACGCUUUCUUCCCAACGCCGUCCGAACCCAGAAAUAAUCUUCUGCCAGGAACAGCCGCUGCUGUUGGACAGCCAAGCGCCAAGACAAAUGAUGUCUACCCCAAACUGCCAGGCCACAGGGGACAAGGAGGCCGAUUUCCUCUCCAAUGGCUUCGACUUCCUAAAACUGAAGGAUGAGCUGUCACCUGGAAACCAGAGCGAAGCCAGUGCAAAGGGGUCCGAGAACAGCCUGUACAGCCGGUACGAGGAGGAGGUGCGCCCCUGCAUCGACCUCGUGGACUCCCUGCGCGCGCUGGGCGUGGAGCAGGACCUGGCCCUGCCGGCCAUCGCCGUCAUCGGGGACCAGAGCUCGGGCAAGAGCUCCGUGCUGGAGGCGCUGUCGGGGGUCGCCCUCCCCAGGGGCUCCGGAGUGACCACCAGGUGUCCCCUGGUGCUGAAGCUGAAAAAGCAGCCAAGUCAGCUCGGCUGGGCGGGAAGAAUCAGCUACCAGAAGACGGAGCUGCAGCUGCAAGACCCCUCUGAGGUGGAGAGGCAGAUUCUCCAAGCCCAGGUGGCUUUGGCCGGGAAUGGCACUGGCAUUAGCCACGAGCACAUCAGUCUGGAGAUCAGCUCCCCCGAGGUUCCGGAUCUGACCAUCAUCGACCUUCCGGGCAUCGCCAAUGGCACUAUGGGCGACCAGCCCCAGGACAUCAGACACAAGAUCAAGGUGCUGAUCAAGAAUUACAUCCAGAGGCAGCAGACCAUCAACCUGGUGGUGGUCCCCUGUAACAUGGACAUCGCCACCACGGAGGCGCUGAGCAUGGCUCAGGAGGUGGACCCCAGUGGGGACAGGACCAUAGGGGUUCUGACCAAACCUGAUCUAGUGGACGGGGACGCCGAAAAGAGGGUUCUGGAUGUGGUCCGGAACCUCACGCACCCUCUCAAGAAGGGCUACAUGAUCGUGAAGUGCCGGGGCCAGCGGGAAGUCACGGACAAGCUGAGCUUGGCAGAGGCAACCAAGAGAGAAAUGAUCUUCUUCCAAAUGCACCCACAUUACAGAGCUCUGCUGGAGGAGGGGAAGGCCACGGUGCCCCGCCUGGCGGAGAGACUCACCGCCGAGCUCGUCGCCCACAUCAAGAAAUCACUGCCCCUGCUGGAAUAUCGGCUCCGGGAGUGCCACCAGAGGGCAAUGGAAGAGCUGCGCUGCUACGGGGCCGAGGUCCCCCAAGAGGACAGCAACAGGAAGUUCUUUCUCAUUCAGAAAAUCAAGGUGUUCAAUCAGGACAUCGAGAAGCUGGUGGAAGGCGAAGAACCCGUGAGGGAGAACGAGACCCGCUUAUACAACAGAGUCAGAGAGGAGUUUAAAAGCUGGGUGAACGCCCUCACGGCCAAUACCCAGGAAGUUAAAACUAUUAUUCAUGAGGAAGUCACAAAAUACGAAAAGCAGUAUCGUGGCAAGGAGCUUCUUGGAUUCAUCAACUACAAGACGUUUGAGACCAUCGUGCAUGGGUACAUCCAGCAGCUGGAGCAGCCCGCACUGGACAUGCUCCAGAGAGUGGUCGAAAUUGUCCGCGAAGCUUUCAUGGACAGGGCCAAGAAACAUUUUAUCGAGCUAACCAACCUUCGACAAGUAGUCCAGUACCACAUUGACGAAACCAGAAGGAAGCAGGCAGAAAAGGCAGAAAAGAUGAUCCUGCUUCAGUUCAAAAUGGAGCAGCUGGUUUUUUGCCAAGAUCAGAUUUACGGCGUGGUUCUGAAGAAAGCCCGGGAAGAGGAUCUCCAUCCGCUGGAGAAUGGGCCGGAGGAUAUUCAGCUGGAUACGAUGGCGUCAAACAGCCAGUGCGCGACUUCCGCCAUCACGGAAAUAGGUGUCCACCUGAACGCGUACUUCUUGGAAACCAGCAAGCGUCUCGCAAACCAGAUCCCAUUCAUAAUUCAGUAUUUCAUGCUCCGAGAGAAUAGUGACUGGUUGCAGGAAAACAUAAUGCAAAUAAUACAGGAAAAAGAAAACUAUUCCUGGUAUCUUCAGGAACAGAGUGAGACCGCCAUGAAGAGAAAAUUCCUCAAGGAUAGACUCCACCGGCUCACUAAGGCGCGGCAGGGACUCUACAAAUUCACCACGGAACAGUGCCAGUGAAGGGCCGCAGUGCUUGUGGCUGUUUCCUUACGUGCAUUCGUCCAUUGCGAGAGGGAGUGGUGGAGAAUGUUGCUCCUGCUUUGGGGCCAGCCUCGUGUGCUGCUGGCUGUGUCUGUCUUUGCUGUGCUACCCUCCGCACCAGAGCUGAUAGCUGGGUCCCCCUGGGCUUAGCUGUCACCUCCACCAAGGUCUUCUCUGACCUCCACGGAGAGGCGGCUCUCGGGUCUUGGCCCCACGGCACACAGCCACAGCAUCAGAUACUGCUGCCAUGCUUCGCUAGUUUGUGCUUGUGCCCCACCCCCUCGUUAGAUUAUGAGACCCCAGAGGGGAAAGGUCUGUAUCAUAUUCUCCUCUUGUAUUUCCAGCAUUGUGCACAGCACCUAGCACAUGGUAACCGCGUCCUAAGUGAUAGCUCACGGAACACAGGAGUACUGUGGAGUGACGGAGAUGCCUGAGGCUAUGGCUUAAGUCCAGGCCCUGGUCACCCAGGGUCCCUCAGCUGGUCGCUUUCAGAUACAUCUGGCCAUGCCACCUGCUUCCCAUCACUCGCUGAAAUCGUGAUUACCAGUCCCUGCCCCCUGCAGAAAUGAGCCCGAGCGACACUGUUUUCCCCAGUUGCUUCCGCACAGCAAUGAGCUUCCAUUGCUUCCUUUAAGUCUUGAAGAGGAAUUUAAUAAGCAGAAACUUAAAAAAAGAAAAAAAAAAAUAUAUAUAUAUAGCGCUUCACACCCGUAAUCAUGUCUAGAUUUGAGAACUGUGGGUGAUUUUAUUUUCUUCUCCAUGCUUUCCUGUA